CGUGACUCGACACAUCCUGCGAUCGCGCUCCAAGUGGCCUCAGCCUUCAGCCACACACGCGACUUCCCCGCAUUCUUGUCACACAUCCUCUCGGCGCUGGCUCGUCUCUCACACGGAAUGAUGUCUCACUUGACGGAGUCACUCGUGGAAGAACGCGUAAUGCAACUACAGGAAAUAAGCAGGCGGCGAAACGAGCUCCUACGCGAAUUGUAUCAUCUCGUGCAGAAGCGCGACAAGCUCGGGUCCUUAGUCACGCUUGAAGAGCAAGAAGAGAGUCACGAUGACGGCCUUCAGUCAUUCUUGGACAGGUUCGAUCUUGAGAGACAUCCCGAGACGGGCUCCAUCUCAAACCUGCUCGAAGACGAAGUAGCUCUACCCGAGACCCCCCCGGCCUAUUCCCCCGUGGGUGUUCCUGAACCUGAGCCGAUGGCGGAGACGGCGGACGCAGCCAAUGUCAUCUCGGAAUCUCCCAUGUCCGAUCCGCCCGCGUCACCUACCAUCCGCGAACGCCAGGAGGAGGAGGAGGAAGAGGAGGAGAAAGAGGAAGAGGAACGAGACUCUCCAAUCCCUGAUGUAUCAAAGGUGGAAGCUCUCAUGGACGUUGACCUUCCCCCGCCUGUCUUGCCCCCCGAAGAGCCCACUGUUCCGGAGGCCAAGCCUGAUAUGACGCAGAACGUGAGGUCGCCUGAGUUGCCCCAGGUACCGGAGACUGCACGGCAGUCGCCAGAUUUCGUAGAAGGAGAGCUACAUCCCACGCAGGUCGCAAUUCCUGGGAAAUCCCCUACCCCUGCGCCGGAACGCCUAGUAACACCUCCUUAUAUUGCGCCGAGUCGGGAUUCUCCCAUGCCUCAAACGUCCACAGGAUCAGUCGCUGCCACACGAGAACCCUCAUUGAGCCGAACCUCCCUUCCUCUGUCACAGCGCGUGCGGUCUCCCUCGCAGCGCGCUGAUUUUGAACCCGAUGGCAUCAAGGCGGAACCGCUAGAUGACGAAGACAUGGGAAUUAUGGACUCUCAACCACAAGUGAGGUCUUCAUCGCCCGAGGAGAGGACAGCCGUUCCGUUCGAGACGGUGACACCCGCCCAGCUGAUGAAGGAGCCCAGCGAAGACCAAAUCAUGACUAUUUUGGGACCCACAGAUCCUCGGUCAUCGCCCGCACCUACCGACGAACAUGUAUCAUAUCCCGUCAUUGACUACGCUAUCCCGCUCCCCACCCCCGGGUCACCCACUUCGUUCUCCUUCAAUGACAGGGCAGACCAACCCAUGCCUGUCGAAUACACCAGAGGCCCCCAUCAAUUCCCUCCCGAUCCGCCUUAUCCUCGGCCUCCACUCGAACUGCUUCCUCUGGAGUUCAAUUGGAAGAAACCGUCCAAAAAGAAAAACAAAGGAGCGGAUAAGAGUGAUCCGAAGACCCACGAAUGGCAGCCUAUGGGUCUCAAUAAGUGGGCAGCUGUUUUGAAGGCCAACCCUGUACACACCAAGUUGCAGAGAGCGACCAAAUGCCUCAGCACGCGCGAUUGGUCGAUCGGCAUCGCCGAAAUGCAUCUUCUCCGUGUAUUCGAGCGCGUCGACAAGCUGAAAGAUUCCGGCCAAUGGAGCUUCCGGCAGCCCAAGAAGCAGCGUGGCGUCGGCGGUUUGAUGAAGACACAUUGGGAUUAUCUCAUGGACGAGAUGAGGUGGAUGCGCACUGACUUCCACGAAGAACGGAUAUGGAAGAUCGCCCUUGCGUACAAUUUAGCUCAUGCGGUUAUGGAGUGGCACGAGGCAGGCUCUCUGGAGGAGCGUGUUCGUAGAGGUAUCGUCGUUCUCUGGAAGCCUCCGCCACUGGAAGACACGGAGAUGGCGGAUGGGGUCGAAAUCGAAGACAUUGAUGGACCUUUCCGCGACGCCCAGGACGUCGACGAGGACGGCGGCGACUCGAGGGAGACCGUCACUCCGAACGAUGGCUACGGGUCUGAUGAUGAAAGCGAAGACGAGCUGGACAAAGAGCCCGCCAACGACUCCCUCGAGCCUGGUCAGGCUCUGCAGGACGCUCUUGAGCAGCUGGAACAAGAGCCUCUACAGGGAGACGGCCAAGAUGGCGUUCACUUCAAGCCUAAACUCGAGGAGAUUGAAGACCUGACGGCGUUGGGUGACGGCAGCUCUGGCCGCGAAGAGAAUGCCAUGGAGGUAGGUGUUGCCAAGGCGUUGGAAACUCAAGCAGACAAGCCGCAGGAGAUGCAGGCUCCUCCGAAACCAGUUGUGCCGGAAGCUCAUCCGGGCUUGAAGGCCUCGUCGAAGAACCCUGUCUUGGGUCCCACUGGGAGAGAGGGCGUCAAGGAGAAGAUCAAGUACGAUUCCAUACGCGAUCACAUCUUGUACUCCGAUACUCGAAAGCUUUUCAUUGACUUGGAUGACCUCGAUCUCGUGAAGCAUAUGUCGGCACUGACAACGAACGACCCUCCUCUUCCGCCUCCGCCUCACGAUCUUGCCCAAUUAUUCCCCGACUGCGGCGUCUACGGUAUGCUGGAUGUCGCCCCUCCCCCCACAUUCGGCGAGGAUAACCGGAAGAAACCGGACCGCCGCAUCAGCAAGGACGACCCGGAUAGGCGUAUCGACGAAGCGAUGUACACGAAGCUCACUCCUACGAGCAAGUUUAUGUUCGAGAAACCUGUCCUUCUUGGCACGCUCAGGCCUGCCAGUAACUUCAAGGAUGGCAAGUGGUCUCAGAUCGAGGAAGCCCCCGUCUUUGUCGAUAUCGAUAUUCCUCCUGCUAAGCCUGUGGACGAUAACCCAUGUGUUCUCUUCGAGGGUACCGCAACCAAGACCUCCACGCCAUCGGGCCAUCCUGUGUUCAUGCCUCCACCUCCAAGGGACGUGCGCAAACGUAACGCGGAGCAGGCUGAUUCUCUUUCCUGGACUCCGGCGGACGAUGCCCUCCUCAAACAGGCGGUGGAGAGGUAUCCACACAACUGGAACCUUAUCGCUGAUGCCUUCAACUCGUCGCGAGUUACUAUCUCGACAGACAAGCGUACUGCUUGGGAGUGCUUGGAGCGCUGGAGAGGGAAGUCCAGCACCGCCGCCCGUGGCGACGCGGCAGAGGACAACACGUCGUCUGUGGCAUCGACGUCGGCGUCAGCGCACAUGACGACUAGAGGGCUGAAGAGAUCUGCAACUCAGAGCGCCACCACGUCUGCCAAUGGUGCCGCGAGCUCUGCAUCUCAGAGUGAGCCCAGAAAGCGUCGUCGACAUGCAGCCAUCCACGAUACAAUCAAGAGGGCAGCGAAGCGGAGGGAGCAAGCGCAGAAGUCGAAUCCUCCGCGCGCGAAAACUACGGCUGUACACGAUACACACGGCCAGUUCACCAAGUUGCCAAAGCUGACGCCUGCUGAGCUCAGUCGGAUGAAGACAGAGAAGGAGGCGAGCAUUGUUGCUCAAGAGUCCCUUGUGCGACGUAGAAAUGACGAACUUGCUCGACAGCACCUUCUACGGGAACAAGCACGCACGCAGACGCAGACGUUGCCCCCGAAUGCGCAACAACCUCAGACGCCUCAAGGGCAGAUGUUGCCGCCAGGUGCCACCCCGAACGGUAUUCCGCGGCCCCAGAACGGCAUUGCGCAAGUGCAGCCGAUUCGCAGCUCCCAGGUCGGCAUAUCGCAACAGCAGCGUAUCGCUGCCCUGGCUAACGCGAAUGCCCGGAUGUCGCCGCCGCAUCUGGCCCAUGCAGGGCAGAUUAGGGUCAUGGCAGGGCAGGCCCCUGCUCCAGCGCCAGCUUCCGGUCAAGGUCAGGUACAGGCGGCAGGGCAAGUGCCGCACUCGAACGCCUCAGCUGCGCUAACUGCAGCCGCUCCUGCGCUCAGUGCCGCCCACUUGUCCCCGUCAUUCGCUGCUCGGGCGACGAGCUCGUCACCGGGCGCCCCACACCGUUCGCCGCCGCUGCCUGCUGCUAGUCCAGCGAACGCCAACGUUCCUCGGCCACCCUCGGUGCCUGGACAACCUGUACAGGGUAUGCAAGUGAACCCACUGCUGCAAGUCCAGGGCUUGCAUUACUACAUGCAAAGCAACAGGCUCACCGCAGAGCAGAUCCAGGCCUUGAUUGCCCAACAGCAACAACGGUCGCAGCAACAGUAUGCGCAUAUGCAUCACCAGCAGCAGCAACCGCAGAACCCUCCGAAUGGGAACUUUCCGCACCAGUAAUCGUAUAAUCAUGCAAUCCGAACUAUAGACGUCAUGUAUCAUCUAGACACAUCUUCCAGCCAUCCCUAUGCUACGGUGGGUAUCAUCAUACACACCCAUACCUCGUUCAUGC